AAGAUAUUGGUUUGUUAUUGUUUACUAUACCGUGUGUAUUUAUUUAACUGUGGUUAGUUAUGUCUAAAUCUAAUGGCGAGGCGACAAGUCCAAAUAGUAGCGAUGAAGACAGCAAUCCCACUAACGUCAAAGAGCAUCGUACAGCUCGGAAGUCCCUUUCUCAGCCUGCUCAGACCUACGUUACUCGAAGGCAAGCGGCGCGGAACGCUAGUAAACGUGUCCCGGUAGCACCGGACCCAUUCAUGGCUAACUUCAACCCCGAAACCAGCAUUAGAGAGAAGAGGAAACUGAAUAGGAAAAUCAACCCUCCGAGCAACGUUCGCAGGCCAGCCGGGGCCUUGUACGAUGAGAACGGCAUAAACUUGAGCACCGGUAUGGACCUGUGCGAUUGCCUUAACGAAGACUGCCUCGGAUGUUUCUUCCAAUGUCCUAAAUGUGGUUCGCAGAAAUGCGGCACUGAAUGUAGGACCCAUCGGAAAUAUUUGAUAGAACAAUACGAAUAUCACGGUCACGACCAUAUUAUCAAAAAUCCUUUAAUUAAGCACUGAUGUCUGUAUAAGUUUUUAAUUUUAUUCAUACUGAAUUGAUAUUUUAUGUAGGUUUUGUAAGUUUUAUGUUACUUUGUAAUAAUGUGGUAUCUUAAAAAAAUUCGUCUGCAUUUUUGGGUGAUUUGCAGGAGUAACUUCACUUAGUGAGCAUUUAGCAUCCCAAGGUUCUUUCUGUUGCUCUCUGAUCUCCCACAAUGUACCCUCAGUUCCAGACAUCUUUUAUACCAUUAUGAUACUAGGUAUUGUUGUUUUUAACAAAAAAAAGCAUUUUACUGUUACAUUCUUCUAGUAUACACUCUAUAUGUUCACUAUUUAUGAAUAGUAUACAAAUUAACUCGUUUUUACUUGUUUACAAAUUUGUUUGCAAUAUGAGUUGAAGAUUAUUAUAAUAACAUUGGUUACACUGAGAAAGCUGCAAUUCCACAAUAUCAAUCUUUCUUUUUCCUUCAUAUGAGACUAAUGGAAAUUGUCUGUGUUACACUCAUGGAUUAUAUUGCAAACAAAUUGCAAUAAAUAAGUAAAUAAUGUUCUUAAUUGUUUUUAGACAGUUCUUUUAUAUUGUUGUUCGAAAUAUACUUUUAAUUC